AUGCCUCCAAAAGCUGCUGAGAAGAAGCCCACCACCGCCGGAAAGGCCCCCGCUGGAAAGGCCCCUGAGAAAAAGGAAGCCGGAAAGAAGACCGCCGCCGCUGGUGGUGAGAAGAAGAAGCGCUCCAAGACCAGAAAGGAGACCUACUCUUCUUACAUCUACAAGGUUUUGAAGCAGGUUCACCCUGACACCGGUAUCUCCAACCGUGCUAUGUCAAUCUUGAACUCCUUCGUCAAUGACAUCUUCGAGCGCGUUGCGACUGAGGCCUCCAAGCUUGCCGCCUACAACAAGAAGUCCACCAUCUCUUCCCGCGAGAUCCAGACCUCUGUCCGCCUUAUCCUCCCCGGUGAGCUUGCCAAGCACGCCGUCUCUGAGGGUACCAAGGCUGUCACCAAGUACUCUUCUUCCACCAAAUAA